AUGAUCCUAAACCCGGCCUCGCAGGAGCCAGCGCAGCGCCCUGGGUCUUGUGCCACGGCCAAGGCAACACAACCAGCCCCCGGGGCCUUUGGGCCAGGGGCCGCCGGCUCAGCCGCCACUGCCAUCCACUGGCAGUCUCCGCCCGGAGUGCUGGCGUCCAGCGCCGGAACUUGA